UAAUUUUCUUCGUCCUCUCGUCUUUAAUCCCGAAUAAUUUCUCUCUCAUGCACAAACCCACACACACCACACCCACGGCAAAUGGUGCUACAUUAUUCCCUUGCUUUUUCUUUAGGUCCCAUAAUUAAAUUCGAAUUAUUUCCUAUUCCUUGCUAAAAACCCAUUUUAAUUGCCGUAAGAUUAUAAAAUUUUCAAUCUUUUUUGUUAGUUUUGGAAACCCUAAUUUCCCAAUUUUGAUAAAAGAAAAAAGAAAUUUCAAGUAGCGUUAUUGAAUUCCAAGCGUCUUUAAUCGUAUAGUUCCUAAAUUGGGCAUUCUCAUAUAGUGAUUUAUAGAUCCCUCUCCAAAUAAUGAUUUGAAGCUUGAUAGAUAUUUCUAAUUAGCUUGAUUUUUGUGUAAUUAUUACCGGAGAAAAGAUUGAAUAUUUAGUUGAAGAAAUCCCCGGAGAAUUGAGUUUUUGAAUUACUGAAUUUUAGCUUUUGAUUCUUGAACUAUGGUUUCUAGUUUAAGCUGAGGCUUUUUAAAGUUUUUGUGGGUUUGAACUUUAAUUUAAGGUGUUUGUACGGUAGAAAGUGAGGGAAAGGGGGAAAAAAUGGAGAAAUACGAGCUUGUGAAGGAUAUAGGUUCUGGGAAUUUUGGUGUGGCGAGGCUCAUGAGGAACAAGGAGACUAAAGAACUCGUGGCUAUGAAAUAUAUUGAAAGAGGACAUAAGAUUGAUGAGAAUGUGGCGCGAGAGAUCAUUAAUCACAGAUCACUUCGGCAUCCCAACAUAAUUCGAUUCAAGGAGGUAGUGUUGACUCCCACCCAUCUUGCCAUUGUAAUGGAGUAUGCGGCAGGUGGAGAGCUCUUUGAGAGAAUUUGCAGUGCUGGAAGAUUCAGUGAGGAUGAGGCUAGGUACUUCUUUCAGCAGCUCAUAUCUGGAGUCAACUAUUGUCACUCUAUGCAAAUAUGCCAUAGAGAUUUGAAGCUGGAGAAUACCCUUCUGGAUGGAAGCCCUGCACCCCGACUAAAAAUCUGCGACUUCGGUUACUCAAAGUCAUCUCUGCUGCAUUCAAGGCCCAAAUCUACAGUUGGCACACCUGCUUAUAUUGCUCCAGAGGUUCUAUCAAGAAGGGAAUAUGAUGGAAAGUUGGCUGAUGUAUGGUCAUGUGGAGUGACUCUAUAUGUUAUGUUGGUUGGAGCCUAUCCUUUUGAAGACCAAGAGGAUCCAAAGAACUUCAGGAAAACCAUCCAACGAAUAAUGGCUGUUCAGUAUAGGAUCCCUGAUUAUGUCCACAUAUCUCAAGAUUGUAGGCACCUCCUUUCUCACAUAUUUGUUGCCAAUCCGGCCAGGAGGACCUCAAUCAAAGAUAUUAAGACGCACCCAUGGUUUCUGAAGAAUUUGCCGAGGGAAUUAACUGAUGCAGCUCAAGCAGCAUAUUACCGGAGAGAAAACCCCACCUAUUCCCUUCAAAGUGCAGAGGAUGUCCUGAAAAUUGUGGAGGAGGCCAAGACCCCCGCUCCGGUCUCCCGUUCUGUUGGAGGCUUUGGUUGGGGAGGCAUAGAGGAUGAGGACAAAGAGGAUGAAGAGGAAGAACUAGAAGAGGAGGAAGAGGAAGAGGAGGAAGAAGACGAGUAUGAUAAACAAGUGAAGGCUGUGCAUGCAAGUGGAGAAGUGCGUCUCACCUGAGCCCUAUGUGCUGCAGCUGAGUUGAAAUCUGAUGCUAUUAUGGAUGUAAAAAGUGUAUUUUACUGCUUGAAGUGUCGGUUUUAAUAAGUUUGUAAAUUCCUAGUGGUGUGGUCAAGGGACGUGUGCAUUUGCAUGGAUAAAUUUGUGUGUGUGUUUGCAUAGCGCAUAUUUGGAGUGGAUCAAAUUACUCUUUAGAUUUGUUACAUAUUCGAGUUUUAUGGAACAGUUGUGUGCAUUUUAACCUUGAACUGUGUUUAGUCGUAAGGA